GUUUUACAGUUCGGGUCUGAAACCGAAGCUUCUCUGAAGGCUGUUGUUCUUCUUUGGUGUUGGCUUUUUGACUUUGAUCAGAACCACUUCUGCCUCUUUUCUCUGAAAUUGCAGAGCUUUGAUCUUCGUUUUUUAUAUUUGGUAUUCUGAUUUAAAAAGGGUUUGCCUCGGAUUCAGAUUCUCGUGCUGAAUUUCUCUGCUAAAUUUGGUAUAUUUGUCUCUGCUGUAAAGGACUGCAGGUUUUGUUUCCAGAUCCAGAGAACUGUCUUCCAGACAUCAGGGUACAAUGCGUGCACCAUCAUUGCUUGCACAGUGUUUGCCUGGCUUGGUGCCUCAUGAAAAAGGAAGUCAUAGCAUGUCUUCCAUUUCUGAGAGAGAGCCACAUCUCCCUUCACCAGCUGUUGAGAUUGUCCCUUCAAAGACAGCUCACCCAUAUAAGUAUGCGGGCGAGAAUAUUGAAUUGCAAGGACUCAAUGUGUUCAAGGGAAGAGUUAGUGUUUCUGAUAUCAUCGGCUUCAAUAGUUCAGAAAUGAUAUCCUCAAAACCAGAUGGGCAUCUGAAAUCUUGGGAUAGCUCCAUUGAUCUUGUUAAUGUCCUUAAACAUGAGAUUCGAGAUGGGCAACUGAGCUUUCGAGGAAAAAGGGUGGUUGAGCUAGGUUGCAACUAUGGCCUUCCAGGGAUUUUUGCAUGCCUGAAGGGAGCUUCCACUGUGCACUUUCAAGACGUCAAUGCAGAAACUAUAAGAUGUACAACUAUACCAAAUGUCCUUGCCAAUCUUGAGCAGGCUCGAGACAAGCAGAGCCGACAGCCAGAGAGCCCCCUGACUCCAUCAAGACAAACUCUGACCCAGUCAGUGCACUUUUAUGCUGGUGACUGGGAAGAACUUCCCACUGUCUUGUCUGUUGUGAGGAAUGAUGGGUUUGAAGCGACGACAGGAAUGCAUCUAAGCUUCUCUGAGGAGGAUUUUAUGGAUGGAUGUAGCAGCCAAGAUGGUAGCAUCUUGGCACAAGAAUCUUCUUCAAGGCGAUCGAGGAAGCUUUCAGGAAGCCGGGCAUGGGAGAGGGCUAGCGAGACAGAACAAGGAGGUGGAUAUGAUAUUAUCCUGAUGACAGAGAUCCCAUAUUCGUUGACCUCAUUGAAGAAGUUCUACGGACUCAUAAAAAAGUGUUUGAGGCCCCCAUAUGGAGUGCUGUACUUGGCCAUGAAAAAGAAUUACGUUGGCUCCAACGGCGGAGCUCGGCACUUGAAAAGCCUGGUAGAUGAAGAAGGCAUUUUUGGAGCCCAUUUAGUGAAGGAGAUGUCUGAUAGAGAUGUAUGGAAAUUUUUUCUCAAGUGAAACUAAAACUGAAAGUACAGAAGUUGUCAAAAACCGACCCCUAGAACUCAAUAUGGAAUGUCAUUCAACAUUAUUUCUAUUUGUAUUAUAAACAAAAGCUCCUUGUUUUUGUGUUAGUAAUAAUUAAGUCAAAAAUGUAAGGAUUAGUCGACAAA